AUGUUGCCAAAAUUACUAAUCUUAUUUGGUUUAAUUAGUAUUAUUGACAGAAUUGAUAACCGGCAUGGCAAAUUUAUUGUUCAAGGAAAAAAUGAUUCACAGAAAAGUGAAGAAAAUGAUGAGAAAUAUGUGAAAUCCCUUAUUCAAAAAUUGCCAGCAAUGUUGGCUUUUGGUGAGAACCAAGCUGUAGAUAGACAAACCAAUCCGGAAAAUGCAACCAGAGUGGAACUAUAUGACCCAUCUAAUUUGCGAAAUAUAUUCAAGGCAGUAUCACUAUUGGCAUACUUACACUCAAUGUCACUAGCUAAUCGCUCUCAAGCAAACACACGACAACACGAUGAAGAGACCAGUGAUGCUGUUCGUCGAAAUCCACAAUACAGUCACCUAAUCGAUCCACUCUCUCUGACUUAUGCACAAAAUGAAUUCGAGGAUGGGAUGAAUUCUAACCUCAGAGAUGAAAUUAAAAAAGAACUGAAAACAAAUGAAACGAUGAAUAUAGGAAAUUCUUCUGAAUUCGAUAAUAAUUCAGAUUUUAGAACAGCACAAAAAUCAAUGAUUAAGAGUAGACAAGGAAGAGAAGCAGAAGUUAUACGAAAGAAGACUGUUGUGAAGACAACACUAAACACAACAAUGGAUGGCGCAAAUAUUAAAGGACAGUUAACUGGAAAUUUUUCAAAUGAAACGAUGAGUAUAAUAAAUUAUUUCGCUAAUGAGAAGAAGGUGACUGCAAUGAACAAACAGCCAGAUUCAUUAAGCACAUCAGCAAAAGAUAACAAUCUUGCAACAAGCACAUCUGAUGAACAAAUAACUGAAAAUACUGUAGAUGAAACGACAAGUGGAGAAAAUCAUUUUGAAUUCUCCAGUGGCUCACCUCAAGAUGAAGGAUAUCGUGUAACUGAACCAAAAGGAAUAGAUUCUGAUCAAUCCGACAGCGAUGUUGUUCCAGAAAGAAAAGAUGCGAUUGACAGGAAAUCGGAUUUGAAAAUACAAGAAUCUCAUAUCGAAGCCGAUUAUAGUGAUAACGAUGAUGUAGUUGAUGAUGACUCUGCUGAUCGGAAUGAUAUUAGAGAAGUAUCAAUUCUAUCAAAUGGCCAGAAAGAAAAGAUUAUUUAUGCAUCAAAACCUGUUGAACAAGAAGAGGAAUCAGAAAUAUCUGAAUCUGAUCCCCAGAAGAAUGUUAUAAAGGCAGAUUUCAAGAAAGUGAAAUCUUCGGCUGAAGUUAAUGAGUCAGGAUAUGCGUAUGAUGAGGACAACCCUGUGGAGUUCAAAAAGAUUAUAAUUGAUAUUACUCCAUCGACAAAAGCAGUUGGUAUACUAUCCAGCUUCCAUCCCAUCCUGAUUUUCCUAUUGCUGAAAGGCUUGCUGGCAUUAUUCUAA